AUGGAACCAGCAGCCAAGGCGGCCGCCGGGACGGCGCAAAGGGUGUUCAAAGAAAUUCAUGGUGUUGUGGUAUCUGCGGGCAAAAUGGACAGGACCGUCAAGGUGCGGGUUGCUGGGAGGAGGUGGAAUUCGUUUAUUAAGAAGCACUUCGACGACCCGAAAACCCACCUCGUCCACGACCCCAACAACUCCCUUCGCCUAGGCGACAUCGUUGCCAUUACCCCCGGCUGGCGCACCUCACAAAGUAAGCGCCACGUUAUCAAACACAUUAUCGCCCCCGGUUCCGGCGUGCCCAUCGAAGACCGACCCGAGAUCCCGACCGAGCUGGAGCGCACGGCGAAGCGCGAGACCGAGCGCGCCCUGAAGGACACUCGGCGCAUGGUGCGGCAGCUGGAAGCGCGCGUUGACCAGCGCUUGGCUGCGACGGGGAAGUUGGUCAAGAAGACGGAGCAUGCAAUGCGGUUGGGUGCGGGGAUUUUGGGGGUAGCGUGGCCGGGAGACGAGAACGCGAGGAAACACGGCAAAAGGAGGGGAUGA